AUGAUCGAUUUCAUCCGGGCCGAGAAAUGUUCGAGUCAUCGGGCCUCGGUUAGUCGAAACGACGACAAGCUUCCAUGGAACCACAAUGUCCAAACUACCGCGAAUGACGCGAACCUUUAUUUGGCUUCGAAUGACGAUGACGAAUUAUUGAAAAAUGUUACGAUUGAUGAUGGGCUUGAAAAGAAGAGUGCUUAUGAAUUGAAAAUGAAUCAGGAAUAUGGGAAACCGGCGAUUCCAUUCCAAUUAACGCUGAAUAUCGUGACAAUAUCAACUACAGGUGAUGCUAGCCAACUCACUGGCUUCCUAUAUUUCACAACCGCUUCUCAAGCCAAAAAUCCAAAUUUUUUGGUCUAUAUCGUCGAUCAACCUUUUACCGUUAAUAGAUCAGACAACGAGAAAUCUAUUGUGGAAUCGCAUCUUCUCAAAUGCGCUGAAUAUCCGGUCGACCAGACGUUAUCGGAAAUUCUUUAA